AUGGCCGAUGAUGAGGUUAAAAAACUGCGCGAGCUUUUACAGCAUGAACAACAACGUCGGAGAGUCGCUGAGCAAGGUCUUCAAGACGCUAAGCGGCGUCUUGAAGAACAGAUACGGUGCUCGACCCUCCCCGAAUACCUUGACGCGUGCCACACCCAUCUCUUCCUCGGCCUUGUCCCAGGGCAUCCCAAAGGUUCGACCAAAGGCAGUGCCAACAAUGCAGACGGCAAACUCCGCCCUGACCGCAUCCGGGAGUGGACUCUAUUUGCCGAAGCGCAGACAGCAAUCUGGGACCAACUGGUCGAUGGGGAUUUUAUCACGCAGCGCCACUUCAGCUCCUUACAUGGGUUGAUGACCAUAGGACACAACAUGAAAAAAAUAAUUCGUUCGGAGCUAGACCUCCACUACUUCCAACGCGAUGCCAUUACGGUACCCGCGACGUCGGUGAUCGAGGCCCUCUAUCAAAACGAGCAACUCCGAGAGGCGUUCAAGCUUCAGGGACAUAUCGUGUUCGAAAACCAUACAAAUACCCUUACCGAUGGUGAAGAGGAAGAGGAAGUUGUUGCUCGCCCGUCAAAGCUCCGGAAAGCCACCGGAGGGACUGCAACACCAAAUACCCCUCCAACCUCUGGCCGGCCGCUGGCGGAUGAGUUUUGUGUAUACGACGAGGGCGAGAAGGUCAAAAGACCGGCUUUUAUUGGUGAGCUCAAGCCACCGCAUAAACUCCCACUGGCGGCUAUUCAGGACGGGCUUCAGGACAUGGAGCUUGAUGAGGUAGUCGAGUGUCAUCGCGCUGACACAAAUGAAACCCGACAUCGUCGUCUGGUGGCCGCCGUCAUCACGCAAGCCUUUUCCUACAUGAUCAAGGCCGGUGUUGAGUACGGGUAUGUGAGUACCGGUGAAGCCUUAAUCUUCCUCCAUUUUGAUGCUGAAGACCCCGGGACUGUUUACUAUUACCUUUCGGCCCCUAAGCAAGACGUGGGCGAGACGACCGGUUUUACAGGAGAGCUUGACGGUGACAAUAGGCUGCAUAUGACAGCUGCUGGACAAGUCCUUGCUUUUGCACUGCAAGCCAUACGAACCGCCCCGCAUGAUCAAAACUGGCGAAUUUGGGCAGAGGAGCGUUUGAAAACAUGGGUGAUUGUCGAAGAAGAUUUAGGAUCACCAACACCACCAGCAAACGAUGCGAGAUCCUCUCCACCAUAUGAGCCCCUGAAGAGCGCAAAGCUGUUUAUCCAGAGGACGCCUGUGCGCACCCGAUCCAGGGUGCGAUCGACGUGCAAACCAACUUCUACAUUUCCAGGCCGUAGUGAUGAAGAUAAUGAUGACGGCGGUGGCCCUGAUUCAGGCUCACCCAAUCCACGGCCUCCGCCCACGAAUGUCAUGGUUGUGCCACCUCCUCUACCUGCCUGGGCGUCAUCCUACAAGGGCCCUGUUUGCAGGGAUGGAACUCGGCGAUACUGCACACAGAAGUGCUUACUUGGCCUCGUGAAUGGCGGGCCGCUGGACAGUGCCUGCCCAAAUGCUAAGGAACACGGAACAGACAAUCAUAGGAUUGACCACACCACCUUCAUCACCCUGCUCAAGGCACAAAUUCAGCAGAAACCAGACCCGAGAAUCCCAUUAGGUUGCGAAUCGCUCCACAGACAUGGUGCUCGCGGCGCACUGUUUGAAGUCAUCCUUUUCGCAUAUGGCUAUACCUUCGUGGGGAAGGGCUUCCCUUGGGAAUUCCGUCACUACCUCAGACAUGAAAAAGCAGUCUAUGACCGGCUGCAGCCAAUUCAGGGUGUGCAUAUUCCUGUGUGUCUCGGCACUAUCGAUAUCCCUAAGCAGCCCAUGUGCUACGACGGUAUUGCGUACAUUCCGCACUUUUUACUUCUUGCCCAUGCGGGCACUAGUAUUAGUGACUGUGGUGCUUUGAAGGGCCAAGUUAUUUCUGCGGCAUCGGAGUCACUACAGGCCAUUCACAAGCAUGGCGUGCUCCACCGUGAUGUAGAAAUGAGGAAUAUGUUGUGGGAUAGCGAGAGAAUCCUGAUCAUUGAUUUUGAGCGGGCGAAGAUUAUGUGCGCUGAACGAGUGCCGCUGGGAGACACAUCGCUAAACCAGCCGAGAAAGAGAGGGAAGAGCACUCCCGGUGAAGAAAUAGAGCAGAAGGUAGAUGUGGAGCGAACCAAGUUGGAGCGAGAAAUGGGGUCGAUGUUGAGACACUUGGAGACGUAUCUGAAACAAAAAUGCUGA